CUCCGUAAUACCCUGGUAGUCGUUAUGGAUUGAAUCUAUUGCCACGUUAAAAUUAUUGCCUGUAGUAGUAUUUAAUAACAAAAAUGGAUUCUAGACGUCCGCCCGACACUCAUUUACAGUAUGUGAUGAAAGAAGUUGGACGGGCUUUGAUGUUAGACUCGCAAAACAAAAAUAAGGAAGCCUAUUGUCAGUAUCUAGCUUGCAUUAAAACAAUUUCUCAGUCAUUAAGUGAGGAUGCCCAAAACAAUGAUUGUGAGAAUCUCAGCAGUGCAAGCACUCAGAGAAUGUUUAAGUUGGCAGAACAGUGUAUCGAAAGAGUGAAAUCAGUGGCAGAUAAAAUAGUGGAUGGAUCAUCAAAUGGUCAAGACCAGACACCAAACGAGGAAGAUAGAUCACCUCCAUUAAACUGUGGUGAAACAAAUCCUCCACCUUAUACACCACUACCUUCAUUAUCAUCAUCAGCAGCCGCAGCCGCAGCAUCAUCCCAGUCUUCCAGAGAUCAGCAGUCAACUUAUCCUUUACAUCCAUCAGGGUCAUCAGUACCUCCUUCUCAGCCACAAGAACUCAAAGGUGUUGACCAAGACUCCCCGCCUGAUUAUCAAGAGACAAAUACACUUGAUUUAAUUUCAAUGCUUCCCAAUGUUCCGGGUUCAGAGACAGUCACUCAAAGCUUGCCAUUUAUGCCAAUGAAUGUUGACCAACAUAGUGAGGCACCAUCAAUAAAUGCAGCACAGGGCCAAUCACUGAGUUCCUCAAUUGGUGGUAUCAGUGGAAAUGUUAUGUUGUCAUAUCACACUUCUUUACAAGCUCAGCAGAAUGCAAAUAGAAGAUCAACUGACCCUGUGGUUGUUCCUUUGAGAGAAAGGAUGAAAACUAUGAGUCCACUUGAGAAGGCCUACUUUGAAAAUCAUCAGUUGAUUGCAGCAUACAAAGCCAGGAUGAAUAGAUUAUACAUAAAGUCAUCACAAGAUAAAACAACAGUGAAUUUAACUCUACAGAGAAGAUUGAUGGAAAACAUGGCUAUUGCCAGAGCAAGACAGGAAGCUUUACAAAAGAAAAUUGCUGAAAGGCAAGCACGUCUUCAGGAGGAAGCCGCUCUCAAGUUUACAUCUUCAUUGACAGCCCCCACGCCUGAGGAAGUAGAGAGAAGACAAGUAUAUGCAAAUGUUAUGGAAUUUGAGCAUUCCAAUGUCUGGUUGAAUGAAUGGAGAAUAAAAUUGAAAUGUUCUCCAGGCAGUCCGAAUCUCAUUAAUGAACUUGUCAACCAAAUAGUGAGCUGCAAAGAACACCCCAUCAGUCAACUACUUCAAAAAUAUCAGUACAAUAUUUACAAGAAGCUUUACACAAUUGUUCAACAUAAUAUGCACGAGUUGGAAGCAGUGAAAAUCCCAUACCCGGGGAUUGAACCCAUUGAUUUCUCAGUGACAGAAACUGAAGAUAGUCCUGAUCAUAUUGAGGAGAUUCAGAUAAAAGAGAGAUUGAUUCAGGAGACUCUGGAUGAGAUGAAAUCACCGGAAGGUAGAGAGACUAUUAGUAGUAUGCAUGUAGAUAUGGAGGGCAUCAUUGAGCAGUUGAAAAUGGCGGAGAUAGAUAGAGAUAACACUGGUGGGAGUCGUAUUGUUUCACCUGAUGAGACUGCAACUAAGGAUGGGGAUGGUGUUUUUCCUGGUGUCGAUGAGAAUCAUGAUCAGGAUGAAGAUCACAAUGAUAACCACGGCAAUGGUGAGGAUAAUUCUUGCAUGACAAUGGAGGGAGUUAUUAAAUCACUGCAUGGUGAUUUAGAGGAGGCUGUGAGCAGUGGAAGCAAGAUUAUGAAGCAGUUAUCAGAGCAAGAUGAUGUGGAUGUGAAAGAGGAUGUUGAUGAUGCUGUGUCAUUAAAUGAUGUGAAUAAGGAUAGCAAAUGUGAGGAAAAAAAUCCUGGAUCAAAGCAAAAUGAAAUAGUGACUAUUGCUGAUUCUAAGACUGCAGUUACAGACGGUGAUUGUGUAGGAGGUUUAGUCAGUGAAAAAGAUGAGAAAAGGACAGCAGGAAUUUUGAAAGAUGAACAAAGUUCAGAAAUUGGAAUAAAGGAAAAUUCAAUUGUUGACAAACCACAAGAUGUAAAAGCCAGUCUUGAAUCAAAGCCUGAGACUUCAAAUAUAACUUGUGUGGAACGGAAAAAGUCAAGUGAUUCCGCUUCAAGUAGCGAUGAACUCACUGAUGACUUCUCAGAUGAAUUGGAUGUUGAGGGGAAAAUUCAUAAAAUGCAUAGUGCUGCUUUGAAAAGGCAUUUGAAAGAUGUUACUAAAGAUGUCCAUAAGUAUCUGGAUAAACUUCAGACAAUGUUUAUGAUUAUUUACGAAGAUCUUAACACUCCAGUGGGUAAAGACCAGUGUAUAGCAUCUGUUGAGAAACCCUUCUUUCAGCCAGUCUGGCCAUAUUUACUCACACUUUUCAGGCUAGUCAAUUUUGAUAAAGAACAACUUGCUGCUGCCACUAUGACAAGGUAUAUAAACGCUUCUCCAAGGCAUGUCGGUGUACGAAAAAAACUGUGUCUAUUAGAUUCUACUGAACUUGUACUCUUAGAUGAUAGCUUCUAUCCUUACAAAUCAGCUGUAUCAGAGAUUAAAAAGAUUUUAAGUUACCAGUCGCCAUUGGAUAAACUUGAAUGUAUAGUUAAUACUUCACGUGCAAUAUGUAACUGUGUUGAAGAUUACUUUGAGAUGCUGGGUAAACCAAGACAUGGACCAGACUCAGCUAUAGGAUGUGAUGAUCUUUUACCUAUUUUCAGUUUUGUAAUUAUCAAGUCUCAGUCACCACAGUUGGUAUCAGAGUGUAGUGCAAUGGAAGAAUUCAUACACGAAGGGUAUUUAUUCGGAGAAGAGGGUUACUGUCUAACUACAUUGCUGACAGCACUCAGUUAUAUAUGCAAAUUAGAAGAACAGAAUGAAACGUAAUACCUAAUGACUGUUUCAUGGC